GGAACGCGCGCCAGGGGAAUGGCGGCCAAAGCGCGGCUCGAGGCGCUAGAGGCAAAGCUCCAGGCCCUGUACGCAAAGGGUGGCGAAAAGAACGAGUAUGUCGGCGGGUUUGGCGGCGGCCACCUGCACGCGGAGUCGUUCGAGGCGGUGCAGGCGCACGAGGAGGAGCGACGGAGGCUGGCUGCGGAGGUGAAGGAGGCGCGUGCCGAGAUGAAGCGCGAACGCGCAUCGCUCAAGGAACGCGCCGCUGGGACGCACGAUGCGGGCGUUUGGACCUCGUCGCUGCUGCGAGGCGAUGAGCGCUUCACCUCGACGGACGGUGAGCUAGAGCGCGACCUGGCGCAGGCCACAUAUGGUCUCGUCUCCGCCGCAGACUUCCGUCAGAAGAAGGAGGAGGUGGAGGCGGCGCACGCACAGCGCGAAGAGGCGGCCGCCGCGGCGCUCGAGCUUAAGCGAGCGGCUGAGGCUGCGGAGCGCAAAGAGCGCAAGAAGCAGAAGCGCAAGGCGCAGGCGAGCAAACUGUCGUUCGAAGACGAGGAUGGGGACGGAUGAGCGGCUCGUGGUUCCGCGCGGUAUACUUUACAUCUGUACUGUACU